AGUGAACUGGAGACCUAGUCGACUCCACACCAAAUCCACGUCGAUGCUACGUGCUCUAUAUGGUUCAUGCAAGGAUUUCAUUUUCUGCGACUUCGAAGUUGCUUUCGUCCUGCCUUCGUGGAUGACAGUUGGUUUGCAUUUGCUACAGAGGGGAGGGUAUUGUCUCGAUCCGAUGCGGUGAAAUGCGAUUUGCUUCGAACGACAACGAUCUAUCGGCCAUCUUAUCUCCCUAUAACAAUUUACCGAUCACCUCCCACUUGAAUAUUUCUUACACAGUUGUGUUGAUCGCUAUGUAAUCGGAACUAUUGAUUGGUCUGGCGAUGUAAAAACGUGCAUCGAUAUCUGAUGUUAACUUGGCUGGUAUCGUUGUCUUCAGGAUGAUGUCGCAUCCCUGCGUGCGAGUAUCAGGACAUCAUGAACGCCCACGGGCAAUCGCGCUGAAACUCGAUCGUGAUUGUUUUUGCAUAUUUCAGGAGAAAUUCAAUUUUUGUCUGGAAUGCUGCCUCAGAUGAUUGUCAUUAAUUGCUUAAUAUCAUAAUAUUGUGAUGAGGUACCUAAAGCUUGCUAUUUUCUUAGUGCUCGCAGUGGUUGUAAUGAGCUGCGCUUGAAUGGAAACUGUGGAAACGACUGCGCAUGCGUGUGGAUGAUUUGAAAUUGUGCUGAGUCAUGUUAAGAAGAGACCCCGAUUCAACGCGGGUCAUGUGAUCAUAUCAUGAAAGUGAGCUUUCGCUGGACUCAUGUCAUCAUGUUGAUAUGCAAAUUACUCGCUAUUUGUUCCUCGCCCCCUGCGAUGGCAGACUUGGUAUACAACCCCAGAACUGAUGUUAAACUAUGCGGCCGUGGAGGGCGCCCUUCAUGGCUCUGUGAUCCUUUUUAUAUACUUUCCAGAGAACAGGCUGACGAACUUGACUUUGCCCUGGGGGAAAUACGUUCGACUACGUCAUGUGCUUGUACCCUGGAGCAAGCCUGCAAUGUGACGGACAGCGGUUACACGAUUUCCAUCGCCAUUUUGCCUUAUUUACCGUCUACCAGGCAGGACCCGGUAACGGCCCGAAACUAUGCCGAUUUUUUGCGCAAGAAGUCGUGGAUGUUUGGGAAAUGCGAAGAUGAUGUGGUGAUUGUUGUUGCUAAGCAAGAUAAAGAAGUAUAUGCUUCGGCUGGCCCUGCGGCGGCAUUAAAACUGAAGUUAUUGAUCAUGGAAGACAUCUACUCUGACACCAGGCAAUACUUCCAAGAUAAGGAUGUUUACACCGGGCUUAAGGUGAUGGUGGAGAGCUUUCGGUCUGCCCUCCAAGAUUCGUACUCCAUCUCGCCCGACUUCCCCGUGUGGCCAAUCGUCCAGAUGGGCCUCGGGGCCCUGUUCGUCCUCAUCUGUUUCUGCAGUAUGUACCUGUGUCGGAAGCUGUUUUCGUAGCGCGGACUUCAGCGACCACGCACGUCAUCGUCAUCGUCGACCACGGCCUCAGAGACCGACCUCCGUGCUGGACCAUCCAGUAUAACAGACGGUGGUAGUGAGAAUCUACACCGCGACAGGUUAAUUGGUGCUAAUGGACGCAGUGCCAACCAGCCAAGAUUGUAAGAAGCUCGCCAUCGUGAUGCGGUUGCUAUAGCAACGCAUCCGCUGCACCUGAGCAUCGCCCUAGAUCGCGACGCUGACACAAUAUAUUGUGCCGUGUUUGGGGUGAGCUGCAUCCAAGCGCAAAGCACGGAAACUGAUUGAUUUUUUUUUUAAAUCCAUUCCCCGGUGCUAAUGUGAUCACCGCGGAGUGGAUUCUCCCUACUCGGUCACGCCGGGUUAGUUAUGCGGCGAUUUCUGAUGCAGGUGGGCGCAUAUGAAUUUAACAUUAAUGCGCCUAUUUUACCUGUCACGUCGUGCUAAAUCAAAUGUUCCAAUUAUCCAUGGUGCCUAAAAAUAUCAAAUUUUUUCAUCUUUGUAUUUUGAGGGAGUCCUUGUGACGGAUCUCAAUUAAUUAUUGCAUAUAUGACGUUGGUGCGUUUUAAGCAAAGGAGAAUGAUGGGUUUAUUUGAUUUAAAGGAUGACGUAGGUAUAACAUUGGAAGUUAUAUCACUGUCAAUGUAAUAAGAAAACAAUUUACUUCUGAUGUUAGUUUGCAAAACAUCUUUAGGAGUUAUAACGAUAUAACUUAACUACCUUUGUGAUGAAAUUCGCCCGGCAGAUAUCAUCAAAGAUUGUGAUGCGUUAGGCAGAUUUAUCCGAAAAGCAAAGUUACAUUUUACCAAGAAAAUGUUACGUAUAUACCACCAAACAUCUCAGUCGUACCAUUUGCAUCCACAGCGAUGCCGCAACGACUUUAGUGAUUUUAUUACGAUCAUUAUUGUUCGACAUGGUGUUCUUCUCGUAUACCUAAAUUUCAUAAAUUCGACUGCGAAAUCCACUUUACAGCGGUUCUUAACCGAUAACUUGGUUUUCUUGUGUAUUUGUUUGUUUGUUUUUUCGUUGACGUAGGUCAGAUUUGUUAACUAUGGAGCAAUAGCAAAACCUAGACUUUUCUUUAUUCCAUAAUUGCAGUUUAAAGCUCUGAGAGAUUCAGUGAUUUUAACCGAAUAAAUUGCUCUCUGCCGAUAGGAUGCGAGGAAUUUGGUAGCUUUCAGCAAUAGUCGGUGAAAAACACUGACUAUCAGCGUCGUGAAAUGCUCGCAACAGCAGGAUAGCGGACAAUUACGUCCCAUAUCCGAUACAUGCCACCUUUCGCAAUCAUCACGGACGCUAAUAUUAGGGUCCCCUAACACAAAAGUUGACGCUUAAUCAUACACUUGAUUUUUAAGAUUGAUUGUACAUUAUAGUCAAUAGAAUCAAACGUAGAAAACUGCUCUACAAUCAAUGCUAAGAUUUGUGUUACGGGGGGGUUACAGGCCCUACAGAUCUGCUUUUCGUGUGCAAAAUUCUUUCCCGCGACACCCGCGCGCCAUACAUGCAUGUAUUAUGACUGAUGGCUGGAGAUGUUCGAAAUGCAGGACCUAAAAUUGAAUAUGACAUGGAUAAGAAAGUGGUUUUUCAAACAAAUCGAGUACAUAUUGAGUGAGGAAAAAGUUACUAAAUUAAGGCUUAGAUAUAGAUCAUUACAGUCCAUUGAAUCGAUAUUGCAAUUAAUGUGGAUUAUUGGUGGAUGACUGGCAAUUGAUUCCAUGGGUCAGAUCACCUCUCUAGCCCAACCCAUUUCGCAUACUAUGUACACAGCGUAAGCAAUACGUUUGCAUGCGGGUUUCUUUUGUUUCUUUUGUUCACUCCUUCUGCACAAACGACACGCCUCUAGCACACGAUGUAAAGGGUAUUAUGUUUUACUUUCCCCAGAAAUGGGGGUUAGAUUCAAAUUCCGGGGGGACUACUUCCAUUGAUGAGUGGAUACCAGGCACGACCAUGGGGUUUCGAAAAGUGCCCUAAACAAGGGAAGCAAGUUUUCCAGAUUAUGAAAAUGCAUCUUUUAACAAUUAUUUGGCUUGUGAAACCCUACAAGUAUUGGAAAUAUAUCCCUUUUUCAGUAUUUUAAUCAUCGUUUUUGACACCUUUAUAACGUUACAUAGGCCUAUACGUAACGUACUUACCCACUCUUUCCCUUUUUACGCGUUGUUGCGCCUGGUAUCCACCCUUCAAUGAAAGUGGGCCCCCCCCGGGCGGCCUCUCGCGCUCUGGGAGGAACCAAAUGUGGAUUUGGAAAGUCGUCCUAAAUCGGAUAUAUCGCUGUUACCAUAGUAGCAACCAGAAUUUUACACACGAAACGCAAAUUGAAUGUUUCCGUUCCAGAUGCGAAACGAAAAAAAAAUCUCAUGUCACACAAUUUGCAUUGCAGGACAGAGUUUUAAGACCAUGACGACGGGCCCAAAAGUCUCUUCUAAAAUUAACUAACGUCGUAAAUAAGCGUUCGCGUUCUUCCAACGAAAGGUCGGGACUGUCAAGAAGCUAGAGUUAAUAAUUAUGACGGUGUCAUGAGACGGGUCCAUGAUAAUAAUCAGUGGCAAGGACGGUUUAUAGGCGCUGGCGCCAUUUAUUGAAUACAUUCCUCUGUCGUCCAAGCGUUGUUGGUUCCGAUUGCUGGAAUUCGUUUAAAGGCCGUCGUGCCCAAAUGAUAUCCUUGAGGACCACCAAACAUGCAAAGUGUAGGUCCGUCGGGUAAUCUAAGAAGAGUUCCAUUGGUUGCACUGGCACGUAGAUAUCUAAUGAACCCAAAACCUGUUGAUGAUGCAUGCCGAGAAUAGUGACGCUCUCUUCACCCACCAAGGAGAUAUCUCCUUGCUCUCACUGUCACUCUCCCCGACAAUACAUGACAGGGUGGCGAUUGUUUUGUUUGUUUAUUUGUUCUUUGAUACGUUUAUCAACAAAAAGCAACAUUAAAUGCUGUCUAGUGUGCGUCAAGAAUUGAUGUUUUGGUCCUAGUGCCAAUAGAUGGUCCCAUGUAUUCAAUCAGACCUCAUACAAUAUCAGUUCUAUCAUCUAGCGAAGGGAAGUUUGCCCCUGCAAGUAUGAAAACAGUCACCGUACAAUAUAAUAGUAACCUAAUGGUCAGGUCGUCAGGAUAAACUGAAGAUGGCGCGCAGGAUACGCGGAACGAAUCAUGGACUGACUUGAAGGAAUUUGCAAAGUUCUGAAACAGACAAAGUGGAUGGUCAACAUUAUUUCUAUGAAAUGAAAAAUGACUUCUUAGUAAUUCGACUAUUGUUGUGCCUUCCCAGAGGAUGAUUGCAUUGACAGAAAAAAUAACAAAGGAGAGUAAUUCAGACGAUAAGAGAAAAGCCCGAGACAAGUUACUCGACGAGUCUAUGUUAGCGGUUUUACAUUUAAAAUGAUAUAUUAUGUUUGAUAAAAAAAAUGUUAUAAAAGUGAAUGAUGUAUUUUUCACAUCUUAUUUGUACCAAAAUAAUCCAUCAAUAACAUCAAAAGCCAUGUACAACUCAUGUGGAGACAAAAUAUAGAAGAAAUAGAAGAGAAUUGGGAAAAUAAGGAUUUGUUUUACUUGAAAAAUAAUGUUGGUUCGUGCUUUUUGUAUAUGCUGACUCUUUUCUAUUUUUUUCCAUUUGAAUUUAAUUGAUAUUUAUUAAUUUAUUCAUUUAUUAAUUGUUUUAUUUCUUUCAUUUAUUGUAAUUUCAUAUAAUUUUCUUAAUAAUUUAUUCAUUCAUUUAUUUCUUGGGGGGGGGGGCUUGUAUGUGACUGUUUAGAUGAAUGUUAAAUUUUCUUUACGAUGACUCGAUGGAAAGUGACAUUGACACGAUAUGUCAUACUUUGCACUUACGUAUGCAAUCUGAAAUGGACGAGUCACAACAUACAUUAACUACAGCAUCGCCUUCCCAAUAUUAUUGAUAUUUAGCAUAAAUUCAAGACAGGUAACCGAAGUGAUAGUCGUUGUAUAAACACGAGAAGAGAGUUGAUUAAACUCCCCAACGCCGUCUCAGGAACAAGCUAUGACUCCUCGAUGGGUUAAUUGCUGUAGACACGGUCGCUCUCCCGUACAGACGCCCAUUAAUCUUUUCGUACCUCAAUAAAGGAGCGGUGCUCACCUGGACAGUUUAAACCAACGGGAGCAGACGUACGUAGGCUACGGCAAGCCGUUUUAUUAAUCAUAUUUCUUGAUUUCAAGAAUAGCCUUGUGUUAACAAUAUAGAUGAUUAUUGAUGUAAAUAAAUUUGAUUAUUGAUAAUUACAUGUUGUUAACAAAAUGCAAUUCUUUAUAUAAAAAAUGGAAUGUUGGAUAUGAAUAAAUGAGAUUAAAGGAGAAAACGGCUGGCGGCACGUACACUACAGCGACAUAGCUUGAUAAAUUGUCGGGAUGUGACAGCCCCUACUAACGGACAGCACGGUGGGUGGACUAGAUGACACUUCCCAUUUCCUCGAGCUUUCCUUCAUGUUUCAUCAUCAGUUGAAUAUUAUCAUAAAAUAUUCAAUGUAGUUGACAUCUUUCAUUUUUGAAAACUACGUAGGGAUUCCCUACAGUAUAAGCUUCGUUCAAUGAAACAAUAUUGAUGUUUUCUUACUAUUAUACACAUGAAGUGAGUUGAUCAUCUGGCUCAAAACACCACCACUGGAAGAAAAUUGGGGAAAAAGAUUUUUACGAAAGAAUGCUGGAGAUUUUUUGUGAGUGUUAGAUUUUUUUUGGUAUGAUUUCUUUUGUUUAAAAAAAAGUAAAAAGGGCGCCCUCUGUUGCCCUACCUUAGUCAUACCUGAACCCACCGUUGCUUAGUAAUACCACAUUAUUUUAAUUCAUAUAUGCGACUGUGUUCACACAACUCAGCAUAAACACGAGAAUGUGAACAAGACUCUCGGCUAACUUCCUUUAAAGCCCCCAUCACACUUAUUCGGAAUCAGCAGGAAUCAAUCAGAAGCUGG